CCUUUAUAAUUUUCCCAACAAAACAAUGACAAAGCAUAUGCAUUAGCGAAGCAAGUAUGAGAAAAUGGUAAAAUUUGUAAAUUGGAAAUGAAGAAUGUUGAAGCAAAACAAAAAGAAAAGAUCCAGAAAUUGAAGAUGUUACCGAAACACAUUAUCCUAGUCCGACAUGGUGAGUCGGAAGGCAACAAAGACACCUCGGCCUACUCAACAAUCCCCGACCACAAGAUCUCCUUAACCGAACAUGGCCGAGCCCAAGCCAGGCUCGCCGGUUCCCGCCUCCGGGACCUCAUUUCGAGCCAUGGGUCUUCCCAAGAUUGGCGGGUCUACUUCUACGUGUCUCCUUACGAGCGCACCCGAUCCACGCUACGGGAAAUCGGGAAAUCGUUUUCGAAGAAAAGGGUGAUUGGGGUGAGGGAAGAGUGUAGGAUUAGAGAACAGGAUUUUGGGAAUUUUCAGGUGGAGGAAAGGAUGAAGGCCACAAAAGAAACAAGGGAAAAAUUUGGGAGGUUUUUUUAUAGGUUCCCUGAAGGUGAAUCUGCUGCAGAUGUUUUUGAUCGAGUUUCCAGUUUUCUGGAAUCUCUUUGGAGAGAUAUAGACUUGAAUAGGCUUAACAAUGAUCCUUCUCAAGACUUGAAUCUGAUAAUAAUCUCACACGGUCUAGCCUCACGGGUUUUUCUAAUGAAGUGGUUCAAAUGGACAGUAGAGCAGUUCGAAAGGUUAUAUAAUCCCGGCAAUUGCGAGAUUCGAGUUAUGGAGUUGGGACGUGGUGGAGAAUAUAGCCUAGCAAUCCAUCACACAGAUGAAGAGUUGCAAGAAUGGGGACUAUCUCCGGAAAUGAUAGAAGACCAGAAAUGGCGAAUCAAUGCCAACAAAACUGAUUUGAACGAUCACUGUAAAUGGUAUCUUAAUUCGUUUUUUGACAAUGAAUUAGACUCGGAUGAAGAUGUCAAGGAAGAAGAUAUUGAUUCUGAUGAUGAUUCAAAGGACAUUUUUUUAGAUACCGAUUCUUAAGUGUUCGAAAGCUUUGUCAUAAACUACCUAUUGGAAAUCUCAUUUAUUUGUAAAUUAUUAAUUCAAUAGUUUUUGUAUUUUUUUCUUUUUUAGAAUUCUACCAUUACUUUUUGUUUUAGAUAAAUAAGAUACCAAAUUGAGGUUUCAACAUUAGAUAGCACUGGGAACUUGGCUAUUUCCAUAACCAGCAGCUUACAAAGAACAAACCAGAAGGUAAGUUCAGCUAAACUUGAAACUGUCCCUAUGAUUCAUGUAUACCUUCUCAUCUAAUUUAUAGCCUAUUCUUCCAAUCGGUUUAAGAGGUUUUAAACCAUUCUAUUUCUUGAUCAAGUGAGUCCAUUUUUUAUGUUCUUUUGCUUGCUGCCACCUCCUCUACUGUCAUUUAUGUUAACCAUUUUCUUUGGAGGUUGAACUUCAGGUCCAAAUGCAAACCCUACUGCUUCCUCUUCCUUUAGCGGUGCAGAUGCUAUGUUAUUCAGACUCGGGUGAGAGUGUCAGAUACAGGUAUAUGUUUAACAUGUAUAUGUUCAGCUUUUUUCAAGUUUUCCAUUGAUUCGAAAGGUUCUACUUCUUGGAGGGCCAUAACCCAUACCUAAAUCUGGGUAUGCAUCGUACACAACUAUUUUAGAAAACAAAAAACAAAAGGUUGGAAUAACAAAGUGCAGAAAGUACUGCCACUAUCACCCAUUUCUUGAACUUCCUUCUACUUCAGCCUGCAAACUUGCAUCUUCAGCCGAUGUUUCUUGAGCCGCGAGGUGUGGUGCUAGGAAAGUCACGAAGCUCGAUAUAGCCGAUGAAGCACCGAGGGAGGGUAAACAAUCUGAAGCCUGAUGAGAGCCAUGGCUUAACGUUACGCUUUUCAUUGCAUGUGUUACUAGACAUUUCAUGAUGAAGUAGUAGAGCCUGUGACAAAGGCCAAGAAAUAUUUGAUCCAUUUGUGGGAUAUAUAUAAUUGUUUUAGAAUCUGAUCUUUGUAUGGGGAUAUAGGGAAGGUCAAUUCAUCAUUGAUGCUUUUACUUGGAAGCAAUGAGAAAUUACUUGAGAGAAGUACAUUUCUUUUCU